UGUCUUGACGCAGCUUGGUCCUCCUCUUAAAUCUCUGUCCACCCAUUGGCUAAAGUAUACAGAGUUUUUCGCUUUGGCGAAAGUCUUUCACUGGAUUGUGUUUUUGCAAAUCGUAAUUUGAUAAUGUUUCAAAACUUUGAUGAACUCGCUGGGAAAUGGCAGAGCAGGAGCUGAUAGCGGAAUGUGGCGUGGACGUUAUGGUUUUUUUCGCCGAGUCGUCGUACAUAUACACAGAACUGUUAACGGUGGCCACAGUGUGUGGAGGGCUGUCGGGAAUGAUAGCUGCUGCAUUUUUAUAUGUCUACUGCCUGAAGCCUCUGCUGUUGACGAGACAAGGCUAUAAUGCAAGGAGGCUGCUUGAACCUGAUGAAGGAGAGUUAGAGAACAACGAAAGUGACUGUGUCAGCAACAGCAGAAAGGAGGCUGCAAGUGGUACAACUAAUGAAAAAGAGAAGAAGCAGCCACCCAUGAACAGUGAUGUGGCUGCAUUUGCAUCCAGAGCAAAGGUGGUUUAUCCCAUCAACCAAAAAUACAGACCUUUAGCAGAUGGAGCGUCCAACCCGUCGCUACAUGAACACUCCAAGUUGCCGGCAAUGCCUCAUGAGGAGUCAUCCUCCUCCACAGACGGAGAGUCUCUUAGCCAAGAGCAGGACAACGAUGACAGCAGUCACUUUAUCUCCUCCUCGCUGGUCCCCAAGAGCCUGCAGAACCAGAGCUUUACCAGGGUCUCUCACUACCCUCACACACUGAUACAAACAGGUUUUGAAGGUAGGAUCAGCCUUUACUGUUUGGCCCUGCAGGAUAUACAACAGCAUUGCUCUCAGCUUCAAGAAGAAAAAUAUCUGAUUUUCCUUCAAAUGGUAAAAAUAAUAUUCAGCGGCCGGUUUCCAAAAGACAAAAAUGAUGCUGACUUCUGCAAGAAUACUCUUCAAAUGCAGGAAAAGGAACUAAAUGAGCUUAAGAAACAGUUGCCAUCAGGCCAGACUGCCAGUGAGAAGAACAAUGAUACUCCCUGUACACUGGAGGAGAUUGAGAGAGCUCAGAAAGAUCUCCUUGAACGUGGCCUUCAAAUGUCCAAAGGUUUCAGCAAGCAGGUGGAGGACUUGUGUCAACAUCUCCUGAAGAAGACCAGCAUUUUCUCUCCGGAUGAAGCCCAGGAUGUGAUUCAGUCUCUCAUCCAGACUCUUUUGUUAGUAGAGAAUCACCUGGUGAACACACAAGAAGCAGACCUAACAAGGAUACAACAGAAGCUGCUGUGGUGGGAGGAGCUGACAGGGCUUCUUCAGUCCCAGCCUGCCUUGUUAAAGCGGGAAGUGUCUCUUAGGCAGGGCUUGAUAGCCACAGCACUGGAGCAGCUGACGAGUGAUGACAUCUUGACCUUUAGCCACAUGGAAAAGAUACUUUCAGAAGUUCAGGCCACUCUGACUGAAGGUCUCCAACAGUGCACUGAGGAGUGCACACAGAAAACAAAGGAGCUGGUGAAUGAAAAGUGCAGCAAAAUAGAGUCCAAGCGGAGGAAGCUUCAGAGGAGCCAGGCCAAGGAAAAGACCCGCCUGGAACUGAGACAGACUCACAGUGACCUACAGCAGCUCACCAAGGUGUACCAGGAGCUGCUGGUGAAACACCGGCAGCAGAUUGCUGAUUUGGAGCUACAGCAGGAGAACAGGGCGGCUGAAGCGCUCUGUGAUCUUUGGAGGAAACUCCGUACCUCCUGGUCAAAAAAGCUUGGGGAGCUAGCCAAGGAUGUCUUUCUCGCCUCUGUCCCCGCCCAGUCAAAGCUCUCGGCUGAGCGCUGUGAGAAGCUGUGGUUGGAUCUGGAGCAGAAGCUGGCUGCACAGCUGCAGCAGGCGGAGUGCACUAUCAAGCUGCAGUUGGAGGACAUGAGGGCUCAGCUGGAUAAAGAUGGACAGGUGUGGAGUGAGGAGAUGGCUCUGGUGCAGGCCUGUCUCAAACAUCUGAGUGAGCAACAGAUGAAGAUCCUCCAAACCAUGGUGGCCAGACAGAGCUACACACUCAACAGCCCAGUAAGGAUGCUGAUAGAGAAGAAACACGAGCACCUGUUGGUGGCGGUGCAGAGGAGCUUUGUGGUCAGACACGUCUGCCUGCACAUGCUGAAGGAGAUGAGGCUGUCCAAGCUGAAGGUGCUCUCUCAGACCGAUUUCCGAGCUGUGCUUAUGGAGGAUCCCAGUAAAAGCCAGCCCUGCGUCAGUUCAGCUCUCAAGAAUAGCAGUGCCAGCCUAGCAGAGAGGCAUCUGGGUCCAGAGAGUCAGCUGGUGGGCCACAGCUUCCAGCAGGAGUUCCUUUCCGAACUGGAAACAGGGAUGGAGCUGCUUCAGAGCCAUGCGCAGCUGGUGCUCGGCAAUGCCCUCAGCCAAGCCAUCCAACAGAUGAUGGAGACCCCGUCUGUGGAGUCGCAGACCUCUACCAAACUGGACGAUAACUUGAAGCACCACCUGAUAGAGGCUGCAUCUGAGAGCGUGUAUGUGACCAAAGAUUCUCUCACUGCACUGGUCCAAAAUUACUAUUCCCACUUGCAGGACAUUACCAAAAAACUACAGCAGGAUCAGUCAAACAGAAACCAGGACGUGAAUGAGAAGCAGGAGAGCAGCAGUCACCUGAACAGAGCCUUGCAGCGGGAGCUGGUGAACUGGGGCAAAAAACCCACCUCUGCUGAGUUUCAACAGAGGGUUGAACUUCACAAAAGGAGGGUGCUGGAGCUCUGUGAUCUGGAGCAGGAGAUGAUAUAUGAGGAACUGAGGGGGAAGAAAGUGGCCCGAGAUCAAACUUUGGAAAUGAUCAAAAAACAGCUACUGGAGGCAGAAGAAAGCUUCAUAACCGAGCUGGCAGACUUGGCCCGGAUUUCUCUCCACAGUCCAGAACCAGAACCCAGUGGUGAAGAGGACAACACCGGUAAUCAAAGAGCCACGAUAUUGGACCUGCUGGCCCUGAACCCAGCAUUAGAUCCGGCCUUGAAUCCUUCACUGACUCCAACUAUUGUAACUCCAGUGGUGAAAUCAAAACCAAAGAAGAAAGUAGAGAAAGAGUCUCAUCUCAGCUGAAAUAUUAAUAAAACCAUGUGCAUGUAUGUCCUGUAAAAAUCGUUUCUAUUUUUAUAGUUGUUGGUGCCUUUGGAGUAAUAUCACUACCUGUCUACUGGGACCAAUUUUGUUGUCAUGAAGGUACUUUUAAAUGUUUAAGUGUUGUGCUUGAAGAAGAUUACUGAAAUGUUGCAAUAAUGACAAAAGCACUUUUUUCUGUCAGUCUGAAUUAUUGUAAAUACCAUGUACCAUCAAAUAAUGUAACUGAAAAAAUAAUAAAGCAGAUGAUUUUUGAAUGCAUUA